UAACUUCCGGUAAACAGCUUCCGGAGAUAAACAAACUUUGGCUGUGUUACAUCACGAUUAUGACUAUUUGUUUCGUCUUUGGUUGUAACCAUCAAGGGUUACAGAAGACAUGUAAAAUGUUUAGAUUUCCACCGAAUCAAGCAUUGGCAAAGAAAUGGGAGAGACUUUGCAGACGCAAGGAUAGAUGUGUUAAUCUCAAUAUGGACAGGAUAUGUAGUUGCCAUUUCAAGGACGAAAAAAAGGAGAAUGGUCCUACACAGUUUCCCUUGAGUUCCGGGUUUGAUUUUCCUGACCCAAAUAAAAUUUCAAGAACUGUAAAAUACGAGAAAGAAUUAGACAACCAGGUGCAGUGUGUGAACACGGAUGAAGGCAGCACAUCUGAUGAUGCCUGUGUCCCUCCUCUUCCUCCACAUGUAAUUGACCACCCAUACCAGCUUUCAUUCCAACGGUUAAGUGAGGAGCACAAGAAUUUGAAACUGCAAGUGGAAGAACUGACAAGGCAGAUUCAGGCAAUGUCUAGGAAAAGAGCCUUUACUUUAGAGGACAUAAUAGGAGAUGAAAGAAAGGUAGGUCUUGCACUUAAUAUCACUCAAGGUUAAGAGGGUGGUUCAGGUUGUGGUCAUUUUUAGAUUAUAUUUGUCUCCUUUAGAAAAUGAUAGUUCUCAGUUUUUAAGUCCAUUAUACUAGUACAUGUUCAUUCUAAGUGCGACAAAGAACCCACCAACCAAAAACAAUUUAAUUCUUUAUGCUUUUAUCUACUUGCUACAAAUUUUCUUUGGAACAAGAUGCUUUGUGGUUUAUAAUUUAAUUUUCAGUGUUAAUAAAAAUGAAAAUGGAUGGACUACUGGAGAGUUCCAUAGAUAUACAGACUGCUGGACAGUUCCAUAGAAAUACUUCAUCUACCAAGGAUGUGGACAGCUAGCGAUUAAAUAUAAUAUUAAUUGAAAUAAUUUACUUAAGGAGGAAAAAAAAUGUUUUUCUGCUGGACAGAUUCU